AUGGGCUCAGUAGGAACUACUUCGCCACUGGUAAACGACCGUGAAACGGAUGUCCUCGUCGUCGGCGCCGGCGUAGCGGGUCUUACCUUAUCUGUUCUCCUCGCACAGUAUGGCAUUCGAACACUCACAGUCGCCAAGCACAGUGGUACAGCACCUCAGCCACGAGCACACGUCACUAACCAACGGACGAUGGAGGUCUUUCGAGAUAUGGGCAUCGAGGACCGGGUCGUUGAGCAAGCCAUUCGAAUGACAGAGGUUGGCAGCGGUGUGAUGCUGACCUCUUUGACGGGCCUGGAGAUCGCACGCUAUGCCUGCUAUGGCGCGGGAGACGACCAGAUGAGCGACUUUACAGCUGCGAGUCCAUGUGCCAUGAUGAACAUUCCUCAAAACCUCCUGGAGCAGAUUCUGUAUUCCAGAUUACGCGAGCUCGGCGGCGACGUCCACUUCUACCAAGAAGUCAUCGACGUGACACAAGACACAGACCAUGCUUCAGCAACCGUUCGAGACCGCCACACGCACGACUGCUACAACGUCAGGGCUCAGUUCGUGGUUGCGGCAGAUGGCGGACGCUCACUCAUCGCUGAGAAGCUCGGCAUCGGCUUCAUAGGCCAGCCCGGCCUGAUGAGUAUGCUGACCACGUGGCUGGAAAUGGAUCUCGAACAGCAACUCGUAUUGGGUAGCUCUGGCACCCUCAUCAUCGUCCGGCGCUGGGAUCAAUGGCUACUGAACCGCCAAUACGAUGCCGCAGACGGUGAGCCUGAUACUUCAGAUGAAGCUGUCAUUGCGCACGCACGAAAAGUGCUCAACAUCCCCCAGGACCUUCCUAUCAAAGUCAAAGAUUCCAGCAAGUGGCAAGUCAACAAUCUCGUCGCCACAACGUACCAACACGGCCGCAUCUUCCUCGCCGGAGACGCUGCACAUCGUCAUCCGCCGUCAAGUGGCUUGGGCAGCAAUACCUGCGUACAAGAUGCAUACAACAUCGCCUGGAAACUCGCUCUCGUCGUCAAGGGAAAAGCCAGCGAGAAACUCCUUGAGAGCUACACACAGGAGCGCCAGCCGAUCGGCAAGCAGGUUGUCGACCAUGCUAUACAGACGCUGUACAAUUGGGCUAUGGUUCCGACAACGCUCGGAUUCAAGAAGGGCCAAAGCUUGGAAGAAGGGUUUGAGUCCUUGGAGCAUCUCUUUUCUGAUGCUCUUGAGGCGGAGGAUCGCCGAGCAGAGCUGGAGAAGGUCGUGAAGUUGCAGGAUCGCAGGUCCAAUGCAAUCGGGCUGCAUCUUGGACAACGAUACAGCGAUUCGCGGGCGGUUGUUGAUGACGGUACGCCGUUUCCAGAGUACGAACGAGAUCCUGUUCUCCAUUAUGAGCCUACGACUCACACAGGUGCCUACCUGCCACACGCUUGGGUCAGCUAUCAGGGUAAGAGAGUGUCGACCCUGGACAUCAUACCGCAUGGAUUGUUUGGCCUCAUAUGUGGGAUCCGGGGUAAGCUAUGGAGGCAGGCAGCGCAGGAUGUGGAACGGGAGCUUGGUCUAGAGCUGCCAACAUACUCAGUGGGAUACCGCUGUGAGUAUGAUGAUGUCUUUGGGUUGUGGAGCAAGAGAAAGGAAAUGAAGGAUGACGGUGUGCUUGUGGUGCGACCGGACCGGCACAUUGCAUUCAGGUCGGUGACGAUGGCUGCGGACCCGUACAACGUGCUGAAAUCAGCGAUACUGCACGUUCUGAAUUGGAACAAAGCAUGA